AUGUUCGAUGGUGGUGCUGCAGUUGUCUUGAUGGAUACGUCUUUGGGGUGGGAACAGGCUGUCUUGAAGGAAAUAGGCUGGCAAGUGAAAGGACAUCACGGCCGUACGGGAGAUGUCGAACUCAUAGCCAUCGUGGGGGCCCUUGAAGCAGCCAUAUCCAUUGUUUCGCAGCAAUCAAAAUCCCAUAUACGCAGAGUUGCCAUAUUCUCUGACUCGAGAGAUGAGGCUAUUCCGCGGUGUUCAGAAAUUCGGCACUUCCCAAUACCACCUCUCGACUCCUUAGUUCGACAACGAUCUCAUGAAUUGGUGCAAUUAGGAGUAGCUUUAUCUCUCAUUUGGGUUCCGUGCCAUAGUGGUAUUGAGGGAAACUACCGAGCCCAUAAUAUCGCUCACCGUAUGGCGAAGCUCGAUCCCCAGGACUUGUGCCAAAGCAUCGUGUCUAUACCUCGAUCUAUGGAUGAUGUUGUGGAUUUUGGUUUUCACCAUGAGUAA